CCAUUCAGCAGAUUACAAAUAAUAUUACAGCACUUGAAUAUGUCCAAAACCACAGAUUCUGCAGCUGAAGUGUUAUUGGAAAAGAGAGGAUGUGCUGGAGUAAUAACUAUGAAUAGACCAAAGGCUCUAAAUGCAUUAAAUCUUUCCAUGAUUCGACAGAUUUAUCCACAGUUAAAGACAUGGGAGAAAGACCCUGAAACCUUUCUAAUAAUUAUAAAGGGAACUGGAGGAAAGGCUUUCUGUGCAGGAGGCGAUAUCAGAGCUAUCACAGAUGCAGGAAAAGUUGGAGAUAGGCUAGCACAAGAUUUCUUCAGAGAAGAAUACAUCCUGAACAAUGCUGUUGGUACCUGCCAGAAGCCGUACGUGGCACUUAUUGAUGGGAUUACAAUGGGAGGUGGUGUUGGUCUGUCGGUCCACGGGCACUUUCGAGUGGCUACUGAGAAGACACUUUUUGCAAUGCCAGAGACAGCAAUAGGCCUUUUCCCUGAUGUAGGUGGAGGCUACUUCUUGCCAAGACUUUCAGGAAAAAUUGGCUAUUACCUUGCUCUUACAGGAUUUAGACUGAAAGGGAGAGAUUUGCAAAAAGCAGGAAUUGCUACACACUUUGUAGAAUCAGAAAAGCUGCCUGCACUAGAGGAAGAUUUGAUAGCUCUAAAAUCUCCUUCUAAAGAAAAUGUUGCCGAUGUACUGAACUCAUAUCACAUGAAGUGCAAAAUUGAUCAAGAGAAGCAGUUCGUACUUGAUGAACAUAUGGACAAGAUUAACAGUUUGUUUUCAGCAAACAGCAUGGAGGAAAUCAUUCAAAAUUUGAAGCAGGAUGGUUCUCCUUUUGCUCUUAAGCAGCUAGAGACAAUUAAUAAAAUGUCGCCUACGUCCUUAAAAAUGACUUUGAGACAGCUUAGAGAAGGAGCUUCCAUGAACUUGCAAGAUGUACUAACUAUGGAAUACAGACUGAGCCAGGCAUGCAUGAGUGGCCAUGACUUCUAUGAAGGUGUUCGAGCAGUGCUGAUUGACAAAGACCAAGUCCCAAAAUGGAAGCCGGCUACCUUAGAAGAAGUAACAGAUGAAUUUGUGGACAAUUGCUUUAAGUCAUUGGGAAAUAGCGAUCUCAAAUUAUAAUGAUGGUGUACAAGGUUGUAUUCCUAUCAAGGGUGUAUUCCUCUGUAUAAUUCUAGGAUACAAAAAUUAAUAAUGAUGCAGAGACUUUGAUGAAGGAGGUAUGGUAACACUCUUGGGUCUAAUCUACUUGA